AUGAUCGGAUACCGUUCACUUAUCCUUAACCUGCUCCUCAUAUCUGGAGUAACAGCCGUCGACUUUCGCGACAACUGCAAUGCCGAAUGCGAGGCAGCGUUCCGCGAGGCUCUCGUCGUGGACACAAGAAACUGGGUCAACGUAGAUGUGACUCUCGACUCGUUCUACUCAAAUCCACCCAACAUAUCCGACUAUUCAGUCGGCGACCUCGUCAAAUGGCAGGAUAUUACAGGCACACAGGCCGCUAGGAUCUGGGCUAUCCCAGCCGGAAUGUCCUUGUCUCGAUUCUUUUAUAUGAGUGAGGACAUUGAUGGAAAGCCCAUCCCGGCGACCGCCUUCGCAUUGAUCCCCUGGUCCAACCCCCAAGGCAACGAUAAACCAUUCCGUACUCUGGUCUGGACCCACGGAACCGCUGGAUACACGCGUCAAUGUGCGCCGACAAACCACCGGUCUCUCUACUACGAGUGGGAGGGACCUUUUGCUCUCGCGCAAGCUGGGUAUGCUGUUAUUGCUCCCGACUACGCUGGUCAAGGAAGUGAUAUACCUCAGGGCUUCAUGUACGAGUCUGGGGCUCUGCAUGCCGCCGAUGUCAGUCACGGCCUUCAAGCCGCCCGCAAGGCUCUUGGUGAUCGUCUUUCCAAGGAGUGGGUGGUCAUCGGUCACAGUGAAGGAGGAUUAUCAGCAUGGCGCACCAACGAGCGAGAAGCCAAAGAGGGGAAGGCUGCUGGUGGAUUCCUCGGUGCGGUGUCGGUAGCCCCGGCUCUUCGACCCCUCAGCCUCAUCCCAGAGUCCUUCCGCCGUGCCAAUGGGGGUCCCGUAGGAGAUGUGGUGUCCGUUUACCUCCUUCAAUCCAUCUCCAAGCUGUACAAGUCUAUUCGGGUGGAAGACUAUGUCAGCGACAUCGUGGCGAGCCUCAUUCCUCUCUCCAACCAGGGGUGUCUACGCACUGGCGGUGUUGUUUUCGGCAAAUUCACAGAGGAGCAGUUGUAUAAGAAUACAAGCUGGCUGACACAUCCGGAUGUCGUCGACUGGCAGAAUCGCUUCAACGGGGUGGGUGCUCAUGCACUUGCUGCGCCCAUGCUGGUCGUGCAGGGCGUGAACGACACGUUGACUUACUCCCACACAAUGGAGGAGGACCUCGAGGCUACGUGCAAGGAGUAUCCCGAUUCUGCCGCAGAAUUGCUUCUUUACCCUGAACUCGACCAUGAUCCGGCUUUCCAGGCUGCGCAAGUCGACUACUUGCCUUGGAUUGCUGAUCGAUUCAAUAACGUCCCGGUGAAGCGUGGGUGUACAAAGAGGACAGUUGGUCCUGCGACGAAGCAUUUUUCCAUCACCCAGCAGUCGUGGGAGGGCAUCGUUCAGGGCGGUUAG